AUGGGCAAUUGUUGUCGUAGGUGCUGUUGUGUUUUAGAUCGAAGGAAAUAUCUUCAGUCAAAGUACACCGCAGAGCAAGAAUUUUCAAUUGAGUUUCAAACUCUGAUGGAUGAGGAACCACAGCGGAAUGAGAUGACAAGAAAAUUUGUAACCUUAAAUAUGGAAUUUAUUUUCUGGAUUGAGUUGCAUCUCUUGAAUACAGAUAAUUUUGACUGUAUCUGCUCACAGGACCUCUUCUAUCUUCUACUAGCAGAGCAGGAGCAUGAAGAUCACAGAUUUGCUGCCAGACAUGAAUCUGUUCCAGUUGCUCACUUCAACAAAGAAAGGAAUGCCACUGCCAGUGCUGCUAUUAACAAAGCAUGUACUGAUGAUGAGGAUUGGGAAGUAGCAGGUGGUGAUGAUGAUUUUGAAAUAUUUUUGGCCAGUGUCCAGGCUAGAUCAUUGGCAGCACAAUCUCAGGUGAAAAAUGGUGAUGCUCAGAGCUCAAGUAGCAGUAAUGCUGUUACCAAAGAGAAGAGCUUCACUGAGGGUAGCUCCAUUGACUUAUCAUGGGACCAUGAAACAGAGGUCUCACCCAAACGGAAAGUCUGCCAGCGAGUCUCUGAGGACAGCUGGUCUAAACCAUCGACAGCCAGCCCCAUGCAUUCCAGCGACCUUGAGUGGGAUCCUGACUUUGUUAGUGCUGAAGACAAUGAAAGAAUGCAGUUGUUGAAUGCAGCCACCGGCCAUAUAUCUUCUAGGUGA